AUGAGAGUGUUGUUCGGUGCACUUUUGUUAUUCGCCAUUAAUGGUACGGUAAACUGUGUUCGACUACAGUCAGUUGGCUGUAAAGGUCAACUGAUGUGUGGUGAUAAGCCGGCGGCCGGCGUUAAGGUGGCCUUGUGGGACGAGGACGAUGGUAGGUUGUCUAUAGUUGGCAAGAACUUUCUUUACAAAGCCUAUAAUAGAAACAAAUUUUGUUACAGUAAUUAAAAUUGCAAGAACUUUCUUUACAAAGAUAAAACUCAACAUGUAAAAUCAGAUGUUAAUCAAAAAUUGUACACUUUUCAGGACCCGACCCAGAUGACAAGCUAAAAGAAGGCCAAACCGAUUCAGAAGGCAAGUUCGAGUUGGUGGGAAACACUCACGAACUCACCAACAUUGACCCAAUUUGCAAAGUCUACCAUGACUGUGAUGAUGGAAUCAAGCCUGGCCAACGCAAACUCAAGUUCAAGAUCCCAUCCCAGUAUAUUUUUGGAGAAUCCACCCCCAAAAAAAUCUUCAACCUCGGCGUUUUGAAUCUUGAAACUAUUUUCCCAAGCGAGGAACGGAAUUUAUUGUAA